CAUACAGUGUCCUUAGUUCCCUUGUAGUGGCCGGUUUGAGAAGAACUGCCACUGGGAAAUUUCGUCUUGCCUUCCAAUAAACUACUGCGUCCUUCACAAAAGCCUUCGAACACGAGCAAUAGCAUCGGCGGAUCACUAACUCAACCACCAUGUCAUAUUGCACGAGAGUUCUACGCGCGCAGAAGCUGUCAGCUCUUGCAGCGGAUAUUCAGCAACGAUGCUUCAGCGCAAGCCCUUUGAGCUUCGCAGCUGCGAAAGUUGCCAUGUCCAAAUUCGAUUCAAACAGCUAUCUUCCCUAUGACAAGUUAGAAGAAAAUCUUAAGGUAGUUAAAAAGAGAUUAAAUCGGCCACUGACUCUAUCCGAGAAAGUUCUCUAUUCCCAUCUUGAUGAGCCCAAUAAGCAAGAUAUCGUCCGUGGCACCAGCUAUCUGCGAUUGCGUCCGGACCGAGUCGCAAUGCAGGAUGCAACUGCACAAAUGGCGAUGUUGCAGUUCAUCAGCUCCGGUUUACCGAAAGUCGCAGUUCCUUCCACCAUACACUGCGAUCACUUGAUCGAGGCUCAGAUCGGUGGAGACGAGGAUCUGAAGCGUGCCAAAGACAUCAAUAAGGAGGUAUAUAACUUCCUGAAGACCGCGGGCGCCAAAUACGGCGUUGGCUUUUGGAACCCGGGCUCUGGCAUUAUUCAUCAGAUCAUCCUUGAGAAUUAUGCCUUCCCGGGACUACUGAUGAUCGGUACUGAUUCGCACACUCCGAAUGGAGGCGGUCUAGGCUGCCUGUGCAUCGGCGUUGGUGGUGCUGAUGCCGUCGACGUCAUGGCGAACAUCCCAUGGGAGCUCAAGUGCCCCAAAGUAAUUGGCGUGAAGCUCACCGGAGAGCUCAAGGGCUGGACCAGUCCCAAGGACAUCAUCCUGAAAGUAGCCGGCAUUCUCACCGUCAAGGGUGGCACCGGCGCCAUCGUCGAAUACUUUGGCCCGGGUGUCGACAGCAUCAGCUGCACCGGAAUGGCUACUAUUUGCAACAUGGGUGCUGAAAUCGGUGCCACUACUUCGCUCUUUCCGUACAAUUACAGAAUGCAGGAUUACCUGAAGGCGACCGGGCGCUCAAGUAUCGCUGGAGCCGCCGAUCAACAUAAGGAGAGUUUGUUGACAGCUGACUCUAACGCUAAGUACGAUCAAGUCAUCGAGUUGGACUUGUCGACUUUGGAACCGCAUGUGAACGGACCUUUCACUCCGGACUUAGCUCAUCCCAUCUCUAAACUUGGUGAAAAUGCCAAGAAGAACGACUGGCCAAACGAAAUCAAAGUCGGCUUAAUCGGUUCCUGCACCAACAGCUCCUACGAGGAUAUGGGUCGAUGCGCGAACAUCGCUAAGCAAGCUAUAAAGCACGGUCUAAAGGCGAAGUCGGCGUUCAACGUCACUCCCGGAUCUGAACAAAUCCGCGCGACAAUUGAACGUGACGGAAUUGCCCAAACUCUUCGUGAAUUCGGAGGUACAGUGCUAGCCAAUGCUUGCGGACCCUGCAUUGGUCAAUGGGAUCGCCAGGACAUCAAAAAGGGAGACAAGAACACGAUCGUCACGUCAUAUAAUCGCAACUUCACAGGACGAAAUGAUGCUAAUCCGGCUACACAUGCGUUUGUUACCAGUCCCGAACUCGUUACUGCUCUUUCCAUCGCAGGACGGCUCGAUUUCAACCCGCUAACGGAUAAGCUAAAGGGCAAGGAUGGAAAGGAAUUUCUCCUCGAUAACCCGUACGGUGAUGAACUACCUAGCCGUGGCUUCGAUUCCGGUUUGGACACUUACGACUCACCACCAUCAGACGGCUCCAAGGUUAACGUUGAUGUAGAUCCAAAGAGUCAAAGGUUACAAUUGCUAGAACCCUUCGAUAAAUGGAACGGCAAAGACUUAGAAGAUCUGACGAUCCUGAUUAAGGUCAAAGGCAAAUGCACCACAGAUCAUAUUUCUGCAGCCGGUCCGUGGCUUAAAUAUCGUGGACAUCUCGAUAAUAUUUCCAACAACAUGUUUAUAGGCGCCAUCAAUUCCGAAAAUGGCGAGAUGAACAAGAUCAAAAAUCAGUUGUCGAAUGCUUGGGGUGCUGUUCCUGACGUUGCGCGUGAUUACAAAAAGAAUAGCGUAAAGUGGGUGGCGGUGGGUGACGAGAAUUACGGUGAGGGUUCCUCCAGGGAGCACGCCGCCUUAGAACCUCGCCACUUGGGCGGUCGUGCCAUUAUCGUCAAGAGUUUCGCUCGUAUCCACGAGACAAACUUGAAGAAGCAGGGUCUCUUACCUUUGACUUUCGCGAAUCCUGCAGACUAUGAUAAAAUCCAACCCAAUGACAAAAUCAGUCUUCUUGGAUUGAAGGAUCUAGCACCUGGCAAGCCAGUGCAAGCGCAAAUCAAGCACAAGGAUGGCAAGGUCGACACCAUUAGCUUAAAUCACACAAUGAACGAGCAGCAGAUUGGUUGGUUCAAAGCUGGCUCCGCGUUGAAUCGUAUGAAGGAACUUUCUUCUGGACGAUAAGCUGACAGAACUGAAUUGUUAAAACCUUAAAAAAAUUAGUCAAUAACUAUAAUGCGUAACGCAUUUGCGGAAAUGGAGAAAUCGCACCACAGAAUGGGACAAAUCAAAUUAGAGUGUCUGAAGUCGUCAUUGAGUUUUGGGAGAGCGGAUGAUGUCAUGAUGCCUAGCUGUCGUAAUCCGCACAACAUAGGCAUCCAGAGUAUGUCAUAAAGACAUCUAAAAGACGCUUUAUGAGUCCUUUGGAUGUAGUUGUCUGAAGGGGGGAGGGGGAGGCAUCUAGACUUCUAUCUUUGACCAGCGCUUUGGCGCUUAUCUGACAAUAUUCUUUUAUGAUGUAGGAAGAAUGACUUGAAUUCAGAAACUCUGAUAGACACAAUCUCAUUUUAUGGUAUGCUGGCGUAGUCAUGAUCAUAGAUUGAUCGUAUCGGUCUCAAACUUACCGAUGCGUUCAUGUACAGUUCUAUGCGUUGUUGCAUAUGUAUAUAUUUAUUACGAGCAUGCUCUAGCUAUCGUCAUUUUUCAGUUGUUGACUGAUUUUAGAACACAACAUUAGAAAUGUACUCUCGUCGUCAAAGAACAUAAAUAAAUGAUUAGGCAGCGAAUAA